AUGGCCAUCGACGGCGAUCCAAGCAAGGCCGCGGCCGGCGCCGGGUAUGGUCUGUCCGGCGCUUCGUCACAGGGCUCUCGCUCGGCCGGCCAAGACUUCUUUGACCUGUCCAGCCUCGGGAGCACCCUCUCGGCCUCAUCUGCUCUGCCUGCCGCGCCGUCAAUAGUCCCGCUAAAGGAGGGCGGUGCCAUUUCUGGCCUGGGGGAGAAAUACAACGUCAGCUCAGCCUCCGGGACCGGGUCAUUGUCGGUGCCUAUCCAGACAUCACCCGCCAGGCGCGGCAUGCAACCACAGCUCGCGCUUCAGUACGAUUCAGCCGCUGGGAACAGCGAGUUUGGCCUCGGGUGGCAAUUGCGCGGCGGCGCUUCCAUCACGCGGAAGACAUCCAAAGGCUUGCCUCGAUAUCACGACCCCGCCUCAGGCCCGGAGUCCGAUGUCUUUGUCCUCUCCGGCAUGGAGGAUCUGGUGCCUGUGUUCAAGAAAGACGCGUCAGGGGUGAUUCUCCAGGACUCUGCGGGCAAUCACGUCACCGAAGAGUCUGUCCGUGGCAACCAUGUAGUGCGGAGGUAUUUCCCACGCAGUCGUCAGACCUUUGCUCGCAUUGAACGCUGGACGAAUCUUGAAAGCCGGGACGACGUGCACUGGCGCGUCGUGACUGAGGAAAAUAGCACUUUGGUCUUUGGCUCCGAUGCCAACUCCAGAAUUUUCGAUCAGUCAGCCGCGGUCGAUGGCAAUAUCCGCAUCUUUUCCUGGCUUCAGUCUGAAACAUAUGAUACAUACGGCAAUGCCAUGACUUUCACCUACAAGCAGGAGGACUCGGCCAGUGUUAGUGGUGAGGCAGCACAUGAGGCGUUCCGUACGCUUGAGAGCCGGGGGGCCAACCGAUAUCUGAAAACCAUCCGAUACGGGAACACGAUACCCAACCGAUCUCAAAACACCUGGGCUGCGUUUUCAGCAUUCGAACUACCCCAGGACUCAUGGAAGUUCUCCGUUAUUUUUGACUAUGGGGAACAUGACGAGAGCCUUCCCAGCCCCGUUGAAGUCGGUGCCUGGCGGGCAAGACUGGAUCCCUUCUCAACCCAUCGGCCAGGCUUUGAGUUACGGACCUACCGACUCUGCCACAGAAUCUUGAUGUUUCAUCAUUUUACUGAGCUGGGCCAAGAACCUUGUCUGGUGUCCUCAAUGGAGCUCGCAUAUAGCGAACACCCAUCCCUGACAGUCUUGACGUCUGUUCGCCAUUUUGGACAUUCUUUUGAUAUCGCCUCAGGUACAAUCAUCUCACGCGGUCUCCCACCACUCGAAUUCUCCUACCAGGAGUUUCCUUUAGAUCAGGAGCUCGAAAGAUUGACCCCGCAAGUGGUGGACGAGAAGAGCCUCCGCAAUCUUCCCGUUGGCCUUGAUGGAAGAGACUACCAGUGGAUCGACUUGGAUGGCGACGGUCUCCCUGGAAUACUCAUGAGGUCAGAAGCCGCAUGGUACUACAAGCGCAACACCAGCGCCAACAAUGUCCAGGCUGGGACAGAGCCACCUCAGGCCGUUGCCCAAUUUGGAGAACUAGAGCUGAUCCGCUCAAUUCCGUCGGCGUCUGAACCUGAAAUGUGUCACUUUGGUGAUGUGACGGGUUCUGGGAAACUGAAUCUCAUUCAAACAGCACCCUCAGGGUGGGGAUACUUUGAACGCGAAGCGGAUAUUGACGCUGGAUGGACCAAUUUCCGAUACAUGGCCAGGUUUCCCAAUGUCGAUGCCUCGAAAGAAAGUGUCAAAAUGAUCGAUCUCACCGGAGAUGGCUUACCAGAUGUCCUCAUAUACGAGGAUGAAGUCCUGACUUGGUACCCUUCGCUCGGCGAAGAGGGCUAUGGAGACGGUGUCUCGGUUUCGCAGCCUUCCUCAGAUCGUAGUUCCCCAAUCUGCCUCUUCCAGGACACGGAACAAACUCUUUAUCUGGCUGAUAUGUCGGGAGAUGGUCUCGCUGAUAUUGUUCGAAUACGAAACUCUGAUGUCAGCUAUUGGCCAAACUGCGGCUACGGCAACUUUGGCCGCAUCGUCCAGAUGGACGGCGCACCAUCUUUUGACUACCAAGAUGCAUUCCAUCAGGGAAGAAUCCGCCUGGCAGAUAUAGACGGCUCUGGGACGACCGAUCUCAUCUAUCUUUCAGGUCAGGGGUUGGACCUGUACAUGAACCAGUCUGGCAACCAGUUUUCUGCCAGAAAGCGGCUUCCACCAAGCUUCCCAAUUGAUAACAUCUCCGUUGUCAGUGUCGCGGAUCUUCUGGGAAACGGAACAGCCUGUCUCACUUGGUCGACAAGCCUUCCCGCAAGCCGCCAAAGUAUCCAGUAUAUAGACUUCACAAAGGGCCGUAAACCGCAUCUUCUCAACCGCUUCGUCAAUAAUGUGGGAGCCGAGACGGUGAUACGUCAUGCGCCAUCCACCAAGUUCUACCUGGACGAUAAGCAGAGCGGAACCCCCUGGAUCACGAGGCUUCCCUUCCCCGUUCACUGCGUGGAGCAAGUGGAGAUCAUUGACCAUGUCAGUCACAGCCGGUUUGCAAAGCGAUACAGCUACCAUCAUGGAUACUUUGACGGCGUUGAAAGAGAGUUCCGUGGCUUCGGCCGAACAGACGAGUGGGACACUGGCGUCUUCGAGGCUGCGACGGGUCCCCGGAUGAGCAACGAGGAUGCUGCUUGGCACACCCCGCCCGUGCGGACGACUACCUGGUUUCAUACCGGAAUGUUCGUCGACGAAAGGACCUGGAGCCGCCAGAUACAGGCCGAAUAUUUUGCGGACCAUGUGCGUGAGGAGCUUCGGAGUUCGCCAUCUCAUGGUGCUUUAUUGCCCGAGUCGGUCAAUCCGUUCGAUCCAGAGGAGACCAGCAUCCUGAGGGAGCGUUUCCGGGCACUUAAGGGGAAGCUUCUUCGAAAAGAGGUUUACAGCGAGGACGGAUCAGAUUCAUCCCGUAUUCCAUUUGCUAUUGAAGAACACAACUAUUCUGUCAAGGUGGUGCAAGAUGUCCAAGACUCCCAUCUCCACGCCGUCUGCACCGUCCAACCUCGAGAAUCCGCAAGCUACUACAUGGAGCGGAUCACGGGAGAUCCAAGGAUCCACCAUACCAUGUGUCUGGAUGUCGAUGAUUUUGGGAACACCCGAAAGGAGAUAAAGAUUGUUUACGGUCGGCAGCCAGGACUCACAUCCCUGACGGGACCCGACAAGGCGAAGCAGGAAUCGACACAUAUCUUGUAUUCGGAGAAUAAUGUGACGGAAGCAAUCGACGAGGGCGAUGACUUCAGGCGGCCAGCCGUCUAUAGCACGCGCACAUACGAGAUUUCUGGGUUUCAGCCGGCGGGCAACGCCGUGCAGUUCUCGUUCGCAGACUUCGCAGGCGAGCACAAUGACUUUUCUCCCCUAACAUCGCUACAAGAAAUUCCCUUUGAGGAAGAUCUGAAUCUCACAUCACGGCAAAAGAGGCUCAUCAAUAGAUCCCGUCUUGUCUUUCGAAAGGAUGACCUGACUGGAAUGCUUCCUCCUGGGCACCUCGGGAAGCUAGGCCUUGCUGGCGAGAGUCAUACCCUCUGCUACACCCCUGGUCUUCUGGCCAAGGUUUUUAGGCGCUCGAGAAUCGACGGAACGGAGGAAGCGCUGAUAAGAGACCCCAAGAUUACCCCUGGCGGCCUUGUAGAAGGAUCACGACUAGGCUAUGUGGACCUUGAGGGCGACGGGUCUUGGUGGGCCAGCGCGGGAUCUGUGAGGUACUCUGAGACAGCCACCUCCGAUCCAGCUUUGGAGCUCUCUCAAGCCAAGAAUCGGUUCUUUGAAGCAAUUGCGUUCCUUGAUCCGCUCGGCCAUGAAUCAAGGGUUUCCUACGACUCUUAUGUCUUGUUACCAUCAUGGACGGAGGAUGCAGUGGGAAACAGGACAGUAGCCGAGAUGGACUACAGAGUUCUCAAGCCCCGUAUCGUCACGGAUCCAAACGGUAAUCGAACAGCAGUGGCGUUCGACGCCAUGGGGAUGGUAGCAGGUGUAGCAAUCAUGGGAAAAGAAGGGUCGGGGGAGGGAGACUCACUUCAGGGGUUUAGGCCAGACCUCAGUCAAGCGGAGAUCAACCUCAUCCUCUCUGAACCUAAAAGUCCGGCCGCAUUUGAUCUGCUCGGUCAAGCAACCCGGCGCAUCAUAAACGACUAUGGGAGGUUCAGAGAGUUGCAAACACCUGUGCCGUCGGUUGCCAUUGCGCGUGUACAACACACGCAUAUGCCGAGCGAUAGGCGAACAGCCGUCAGCAUUUCCUACUCAGACGGCUUUGGCCGGAUAAUCCAAAGCAAGAAACAGGCGAAACCUGGCCCGCUCAUAGAGGACGGCCCUCUAUCAAGUACUCGAUGGGUCACGUCCGGCUGGGUUAUCCACGACAAUAAGGGAAACCCAGUGAGAGAGUUUGAGCCCUUCUUUGACGACACGCAUCAUUUCAAAUUCGACCUCCGGGCCGGAUCAUCGUCUACCUUGAUUUAUGAUUCCAUGUCCAGGAUUGUUGCAAUUCUGCGUCAGGAUCACGCGUUCUUUAAGACGGUGUUCAAAGGCUGGACUGAAUCCAUCCAUGACUUCAACGACAAUGUUCUCGUUCCCAACGUCCAGAACGAUGAUGAUGUCGGCCAUCUACUUCGCGGCUUGAAAAGCCACGAGUUUCUUCCAUCAUGGUACGACUCGCGCAUCAACGGGCAAGACGUUCUAGAAAAGGCUACUGCAGAGAAGACUGCAGCUCAUGCGAAUACGCCUCGCGUGCUUUACUCCGACGCCCUUGGUCGUGUCAUUGUGCAAGUUGACGAUCUUGGCUCUGGUCAAACCAUAAGUACUCGAUCCAGGUUUGAUGCCAGCAACAACAUUGUUCAGGUUUCAGACCACCUAGGACGGCUCGUGAGUGCGUUCGAGUUCGACAUGAGGGGUCAUCGCAUUUCCGAAGCAAGCAUGGACGCCGGGCGGCACUGGUCAUUACCCGAUGUGACUGGCCAACCAGUGCUGCAGUGGGACUCGAGAGAUUUCCGGCUUCGACAUGUGUACGAUGCGGCAAACAGGCCAGUCGAGACGUGGAUGAGCGAAAGUGGCGCGAAUGAGAUCAUGGCCAAGCAGUACAUAUACGGCGAAUCAGCCCCGGAUUCGCUGGGCCAUAACCUUAGGAACCGCCUGUACAAGAGCAGAGAUGGGUCAGGAGAGAUGACCAUUCUUGAUUAUGACUUCAAGGGCAACAUCAUCAGUACCGAACAGCGACUAGCCAGCAGCUACAAGGACACACCAAACUGGGCCGGUGCAGUUGGCCUCGAGGUCAAGCAACAGAGCACGACCACGUUUGACGCGCUUGACAGAACGGUCCUAUCAGUCUCGCCAGACAUGAGUCAAGUAUAUAUGAUGUACGACGACAGCGGUUACGUGGAUCAGCAGUUCGUGAAUGUUCGCGGCGAGUCAACUUCCCCUGAUCGGUCAAAUUGGUCUGCCGUCAUCACUGGUGUCGAUUACAAUGCCAAGGGCCUUCUCACGUCCAUCUCUUACGGCAACGGAACGAAAACUAAGAGAACAUACGAUCCGUUACUCCAUCGGCUGCAAGGCAUGCGAACGACCAGGACGGGCGACCCCAGUCCACUCCAGGACCUGACUUACACGUGGGAUCCGACUGGUAACAUUACGCAUGUUCAAGACAGAGCCCAGCAGGCAAUAUUCUUCCGAAACAACCGCGUAGAUCCGAGCUCAGACUACACAUACGAUGCCAUGUAUAGACUUAUCAAGGCCACUGGACGCGAGCAUCUGGGACAGACAGACGGGCGUCCGAACAAUCCCUCGGCACCUGGGCCGAACACGGGCUCCGUCGUAGACAGUCCCAGCGACGGCAACGCCGUGGCUGGUUACGCCGAAACAUACGAAUAUGACCUCGCUGGGAAUGUCAUGUCCGUCGCCCAUGCCCUCAGCGACGCGAGCCGUCCUGGCUGGAAGAGGACCUACUCUUACAACGAGCCCAGCUUCCUCGCAGCCGGUCAGGUUGGAAACCGCCUUUCCGAAACCAAGGUGGGCUCCGUUUCUGAGUCGUACUCGUACGACGCAGGCGGCAACAUGACUUCAAUGCCUGGCCUUCGCACAAUGAGCUGGGAUUUCAACGGCAUGCUACGAGCCACUACCAAGCAGAUAGUCAAUUCAGGAAUACCCGAAACGACCUACUACGUGUACGACGGAUCAGGCAAGCGCGUCCGCAAAAUGACGGAGAGUCGAGGCGGAGGAGAAGCAGACAGCCCCGAUCCGAGGCCCAUCAAAGAAACUACGUACCUGGAUGGAGUCGAAAUCUUCCGCAGAUGGGCGCGAGAUACGAACGAGCCGACUGUCGUGCGUUCGACCGUGUUCGUUGACCACGACGGACGGAAGGUGUAUCAGGCAGACAGUCGAAUAGAAGGGACCGACAAUAGUCCAGACCAAAGUACACGCUUCUCCCUGGGCAAUAAUCUCGACAGCGUCACGAUGCUGCUCGACGAACAGGCGCGGCUCGUCUCGUAUGAAGAAUAUUUCCCUCAUGGUAGCACAUCCUAUCAGUCGACGGCGAACCAAAACGAAAUACCAAAGCGGUACAGACGGGCUGAACCUGUUCUGCUUUGUGCGGAAUAA